AUGGCUGUAAACCAAAUGCCGCGGGCAGAGGAAGGCCAGCUGUUGUGGCCGGAGGUCGGCUCCAGCGACUUCUUGAAAUUUGAUUUCGGGGGCACGGCCUACGAGUCUGAGCUUCAGAAGAACCAGGCCAGAGCGAAGAACUUGUCUGCCAUUAAGUGCAUGGUCAAGACUAUCGGGCCAUUGGGGGGUUCCGUCGACGAGGCGCUGGGCGUGCGUGUGAUGUGGAUGGAGCACGACUUUGCCUUCUUUGGAGGCUCCCUUGGCUGUGCCGAGGGCGAGAAGCUGACUCGAGGCUUUGAGUACGCCAAGCAGCACGGGCUGCCUGUUGUAGUGAAGUGCGCCAGCGGUGGCGCGAGGAUGCACGAAGGCACCCUGUCCUUGAUGCAGAUGGCCAAGAUUUCUUGCGCUGUCGCUGCUCUGGGCUCCGCCGGUCUGCCUUUCCUGACUUUGCUGGUGGACCCUUGUUACGGCGGCGUCAGCGCCUCCUAUGCGAUGCAGGCGGAUGUUCGGAUUGGUGCAGCCCGGGGUCGCCUAGGCUUUUCCGGCCCACAGGUGAUCCUCAAUACCCAGUUCAGCAUGCAUCAGGAUUCCUACGACCGCACGUGCCCGGACGAGUUCCAGAGCAACGAGUUUGGCCUCCACCAUGGCGUCGUCGACGUGGUUGUGCCACCAGAGGACAUGGAGUCCGUGGCCUGGCAGGUGCUCUCAGUUUUGGCGGCCAAGCCGCAGCGGCCUCCUUCGACGUCUACAAAGAUUACAGAGUUCGCCUCCGGCAGCCCGGACUACUUGAAGUCGCGUGGCCUGGACCGCUACGACUCCACGGACAUUCUGAAGCAACUCUCCGUUCGCUUCAUCGACCUUGGCGGCGAUGGCAAGGGCCCCCACGGUCUUGACAAGUGUUUGCGCUGUGGCCUCGCGACCCUACAGAGCGGCCGCAGCGUCGUGGUGAUGCGGUGCUGCAAGGGCCACACUCCCGUAGAUCGAGAGAAGCACAAUCACGCGAUGCCAGCACCUGCCGGCUACAGGACGGCCUUGCGAUUCUUCGAUCUGGCAGAGCGUUUCGGUUUGCCCGUGGUCACCCUAGUGGACACCGUGGGGGCUUGGCCCUCCUUUGCCGCGGAGAUGGCGGGGCAGAGUGAGGCCAUCGCGACGAAUCUCACGAAGAUGGGUGGGCUGAAGGUGCCCAUCGUGACCAUCAUCGUCGGUGAGGGCGGCUCUGGUGGUGCUCUGGCCAUCGCCAUGGGCAACAAGAUCGGGAUGCUCUCCAAGGCUUACUACUCCACUAUCACGCCGGAGGGUGCAGCCUCCAUUUUGGGUCGAUAUAAGGAUGACGACCAUAAGAAGGUGCAAUUUCCGGAGGAUUGCAUGGCUUUGGCAUCCAAGCAGAACAUCUACGCACCCCAAUUGAAGGAGCUGGGCGUCAUCGACGAAGUGAUUUGGGAGAAGGAUGGUGAGGACUGCAACGAAUUCCCUGCCACCAUGAGCAACAUCAGUGCCUUUGUGGAGGCAAGCUUGCAGGAACUCGCGGACAUGGACCAGUCCAAGCUCGUGGAGCAACGGUACCAAAAGUUCCGCAACAUGGGAAAGUUCAAGGAGUACAGCCCCGAGGAGAGGGAGGCACUGACGUCAGCCCCAGCAGAGCAAAAGAGCAAGCGACAGCGCUCCGUUCCAACCCCUCCCAAGCUCCUAACCUUCCUGACAGAGCAAACGAUGAAGGGCGACAGCUCCUUCUUCAAGGGAAAAGGUCCUAAGGAUUGUCCGCGCAACUGCUACCUCAAGGUGGAGCCAGAGCCUGCGGCGAAGCCGGAGCGCAACGCAAAGCAGAUCCUGGACGAGGAGGGGCCGGAAGCCAUGGCCAAGUGGGUACGAGCCACCUCGAAGGAGCGCAUCCUCGUCACCGACACUACCCUGCGCGACGCACACCAGUCGCUGGUCGCUACGCGCAUGCGCACGGCCGACAUGCUCAAGGCCGCUCCCGAGAUGAGCAAACACCUGCACCAGUACUUCUCCUUGGAGUGCUGGGGCGGUGCCACCUUUGACGUUGCAUAUCGGUUCUUGAACGAGGACGCCUUCCGACGACUUGAGGAGCUGCGUGCCGCAAUCCCCAACAUUUGCACGCAGAUGUUGCUGCGGGGCGCCAACGGAGUCGGCUACAAGUCCUACCCUGACAACGUCGUUGAAGAGUUUGUUCGGCAAGCGGCAACUUCCGGCAUGGACGUGUUCCGGAUCUUUGAUUGCUUUAACGAUGUUGAGCAGAUGAAGGUCUCCAUCAACGCCGUCCGUAAGAUGAAGAAGGUGGCAGAGAUUGCGAUGUGUUUCACUGGGGAUUUCCUGAGCCCGGACGAGAAGAUCUAUACCCUUGACUACUACAAGGACCUUUGUCAGAAGUGCGUUGAUGCGGGUGCUCACAUGAUCGCGAUCAAGGACAUGGCGGGAUUGCUGCGCCCAGCUCACGCAGCCCCAAUGAUUCAGGUGAUUCGGUCAGUGACGGAUCUCCCCAUACAUUUCCACACCCACAACACAUCGUCUGCACAGCUUGCCACCUUGCAUGCCAUGGCAGAUGCCGGCUGCGACAUCGUGGACGGCUGCUUCGCAGCCUUCGCAGAUGGCACUUCGCAGCCAUCCCUGAAUGCUUUCCUUGCGACCAUGGAAGGAAGGCCACGCGAUCCCAAGAUCAACUACAGGAAGCUUGAAGGCCUGGAUGCCUACUGGUCUUCCGUGCGGGACAUGUAUAGCCCAUUUGAGAGCGGCAUGAAGGCAAUGACCGCUCGUGUUUUUCAGCACCAGGUGCCUGGCGGCCAGUAUUCGAACAUGUAUGCUCAGUGCCACGCACUUGGAGGUGAUAAUUGGGACCAUAUCCUACAGAUGUACGCCGAUGUCAACAUGUGGUGCGGCGACAUCGUGAAGGUCACGCCGUCCUCAAAGGCCGUUGGCGACAUCGCCCUCUUCCUGGUGAAGCAGGGAAUUGAACCUAACGACUUUGACAACAUGCCGAAGAUGCAGGCUCUUCACUGGCCGCAGAGUGCCAUCGAGCUCGCUCGAGGCGAGAUGGGCACGCCUCACUUCGGCUUCCCGCGGCGCAUGCAGGAUGCCAUUCUCAAAGGUCAGCUGAAGCCUAUGGAAGGCCGGCCAGGCGAUACACUGGCACCGGAGGACUUUGAAAAGGUGAAGGCGGCGAUGAAGGCAGAGUUCGGCAAGGAACCAACAAGUGAGGACAUGAAUGCCUUCCUUAUGUACCCUGGAGUGUUCCGGGACUACAUGAAGCAUCUAGCGAAGGUGGGGCCGCUGGCUACAUGCUUGCCGACUGGGGCUUUUUUCUACGGGCUCACCGUGCACGAGACCAUCGAGUUCGAGGUGCCAGGGCCGAACGUGGUGGAAGCCGAGGCACAGGCCAAUGCUGCCUUGCCCAGGACGAAGGCAACCAUCACGCUGAAUCGAGUGGGCCCGCUGGAGCAUGACUUCAUGAGGACUUGCGAAUGGCUGGUGGACGGCGUUGCGUACCCAGUCUCAAUCUAUGACCCACCGCCUGGAGCAGCGUCAUACAAGGGCCCCAUGGCGGACCCAUCCAAGAAGAGCCACGUGGCGUGCCCUCUGCCUGGGGUCAUCAAAACCAGCAUCAAAGAGGGUGCUGAGGUGAAGAAGGACGACCUCCUUUUCACGGUGGUGGCCAUGAAGAUGGAGGUUCUCGUGCGAGCGCCGGCGGAUUGCACCAUCCUGGAGGUGUGCAUUGCGGUGGAUGACGAGGUCGUGGACGGCGCGCUGCUGGCCAAGCUGGAGCUGUAA